AUGGCCUUGGUCAAACCCAUAUCCAAAUUCAGCUCCAUCAUCCCAAGAAUUGGAAACUCCCGAUUGCCAAGCUCCAGAUUUUUUACCAUCACAAUGUCAUCCACAACCCAGUCCCAGGCAGCAACUGUAACCACGAAGAAAAAGGCUGGCAAAAAAGAAAUAAAUGAAUCCCUGCUGACCCCAAGAUUCUACACCACAGAUUUUGAUGAAAUGGAGCAGCUUUUUAACACAGAAAUCAACAAGAAUCUGAACAUGUCUGAGUUUGAGGCUUUGUUGCAGGAAUUCAAGACUGAUUUCAACCAGACUCACUUCGUGAGGAACAAAGAGUUCAAGGAGGCUGCUGAUAAAAUGGAGGAUCCCUUGAGGCAGAUUUUUGUAGAGUUCUUGGAGAGGUCUUGCACUGCUGAGUUUUCUGGGUUCCUUCUCUACAAGGAGCUUGGGAGAAGGCUCAAGAAAACUAACCCUGUAGUAGCUGAGAUUUUCUCUCUUAUGUCGAGGGAUGAAGCUCGCCACGCGGGGUUCUUGAACAAGGGUUUAUCCGACUUCAAUUUGGCACUGGACUUGGGAUUCCUUACAAAGGCAAGAAAAUACACAUUUUUCAAGCCCAAGUUCAUAUUCUACGCAACUUAUCUGUCGGAGAAGAUAGGAUACUGGAGGUACAUAACGAUAUACAGGCAUCUCAAGGAGAAUCCAGAUUACCAAUGCUAUCCAAUUUUCAAGUACUUUGAAAACUGGUGCCAGGACGAGAAUCGCCACGGUGAUUUCUUCUCAGCUUUGAUGAAAGCACAGCCUCAGUUCCUGAACGACUGGAAGGCAAAAUUGUGGGCACGUUUCUUCUGCCUCUCGGUUUACGUGACAAUGUACCUUAAUGACUGCCAAAGAACAGCUUUCUAUGAAGGCAUUGGGCUAAACACUAAAGAAUUUGACAUGCACGUCAUCAUUGAGACGAACCGCACAACAGCUAGAAUUUUCCCAGCUGUGCCGGAUGUUGAGAACCCAGAAUUCAAGAGGAAAUUGGAUCGGAUGGUGGAGAUCAACGAGCAACUGAUUGCAGUGGGACAGAGCCAAGAUAUGCCUUUGGUGAAGAACUUGAAGAGGAUACCACUCAUUUCAGCUCUGGCUUCUGAGAUAUUGGCUGCAUAUCUCAUGAAACCCAUCGAAUCUGGUUCUGUCGAUUUUGCAGAGUUUGAACCACAACUUGUUUACUGA